CUGGAGAGACCGCACGCGAAAAUGUGUUUAUUUUCAUUUUAAAUUGUAAGCAAAAGUUAAAAUGCGUUUCGCACAAAUAAUUGUUGGCCCUGCUGGCAGUGGAAAGUCAACAUAUUGCAGCUUUAUGCAGCAACAUGCCAUGGACAGCAAAAGAAAUAUUCAGGUUGUGAAUUUGGAUCCAGCGGCGGAGCACUUUAAUUAUUCGCCACUGGCGGACAUACGAGAGCUCAUCCACUUGGACGAUGCAAUGGAGGAUGAGGAACUCCACUACGGCCCCAAUGGUGGUUUGAUCUUUUGCCUGGAGUUCCUCAUCGAAAACCAGGACUGGCUCAAGGCCCAACUCUGCGGCGGUGAAGAUGAACUGAUGCUCGGCGAACCCGACGACGAUUACAUUCUGUUCGAUAUGCCUGGACAAAUCGAGCUAUUCACACAUCUCAAGAUGGGAAAACAGUUGGUGCAACUGCUCGAGUCGUGGAACUUUCGCACUUGCGUCGUCUUCUGCUUGGAUUCACAGUUCAUGGUGGAUGGCGCCAAGUUUAUAUCGGGCACAAUGGCAGCGCUCAGCGUCAUGGCCAACAUGGAGCAAUCGCAUGUGAAUGUGUUGACCAAAGUGGAUCUGUUGAGCACAGAGGCGCGCAAACAGCUCGAACUGUAUUUGGAGCCAGAUACACACAAUCUAAUGGGCGAGUUGACCAUUGGCACAGCAUUUGGCGAGAAAUAUCGCAAAUUGACCGAAGCUAUUGGUUCGCUCAUCGAGGAUUUUAGCUUGGUGCGAUUUUUUCCCCUCGACACAGAGGAUGAGGAGAGUGUUGGUGAUCUGUUGCUGCAGAUCGAUAGUGUUCUACAGUAUGGCGAAGAUGCUGAUGUACAGGUACGCGAUUUUGAUGAGCAGGAGGGGAACGAAGAUCAGGAGCCGGAUUCGUAAUGCGGCGCAAUGUAAUCAAUGUAAAUAGCUCAUAUUAAAUAAAAAUGUAGAAAAAAAUGA